CGUCACUGGUUUUAAACGAGGUAUUUAUUAGCAGCCGUCAAUAAACAGUACAGCUCGAAGCGCGACAGACAGAUCUCGCGAUAUUACGUGAUACAAACUUUUAUAUAUCGAUGGGUACGCAAGUUUCAUUGUGACAAUAUUAACUGUGAAUGGGUUAAUUAUUUUUUUAAAUCACAUAUGAUCUGAGGAAUAAGUUUCCAAAAUGGUCCACAAUAAUAUAACCAUAGGCCUAGACCAUGUUUUAAGUGAUUUGAAUGGGGAGGAUGUGCUGCCUGGGAAGGAAGGCGAGGAGCGCAAAGGUAACGUGUCGUAUGGCAUCGAUGACACACCGCCCUGGUACCUCUGCAUCUUCAUGGCGCUGCAGCAUUACCUGACAAUGAUCGGAGCGAUUGUGGCAAUCCCGUUCAUCCUCUGCCCGGCGCUCUGCAUGGAGGAGACUGAUCCCGACCGCUCCAACAUCAUCUCUACUAUGAUUUUUGUCACCGGUCUAAUAACAUGGCUGCAAUGCACAUUCGGAUGCCGGCUGCCUAUAGUGCAAGGUGGCACGAUCUCGUUCCUGGUACCGACGCUGGCCAUCCUGGGGCUGCCGGCGUGGCGCUGCCCGGAACCGCACCAGCUGGAAGCCAUGACUGAACUGGAGAGAAGACACGUCUGGACCUCCAGGAUGUGCGAACUGUCCGGCGCUAUCGCCGUUUCGGCGCUGUUUCAACUGUUUUGUGGUUACUUCGGUAUCAUUGGAUCGUUGCUGCGGUUUGUGACGCCGUUGACGAUAGCUCCCACGGUGGCGCUAGUGGGUCUCACGCUGUUUGACCACGCCGCAGAGGCCGCCGCCCAGCAGUGGGGCAUCGCCGCAGGAACGUUCACACUGCUGACGAUAUUCUCGCAGUGCAUGACCGACGUCAAAAUACCUACGCUCUCCUACAAGCGCGGCUCCGGACUCAGUGUCAUCUGGUUCCCACUUUUUAAAUUGUUCCCAGUGUUGCUGACUAUAGUACUGAUGUGGUCGGUGUGCGGGGUGCUGACGGCUACGGACGUGUUCCCGGCCGGACACCCCGCGCGUACUGACCUCAAACUCAACAUUAUACGAGAUGCGCCCUGGUUCAGGAUACCAUAUCCAGGUCAGUGGGGUCGGCCGACAGUGAGCGUUGCGGGCGUGUUGGGAAUGUUGGCAGGCGUGCUGGCCUGCACUGUAGAGUCCAUCAGCUAUUACCCCACAACCGCCAGGAUGUGCGCGGCUCCCCCACCUCCUCUGCACGCCAUCAACCGCGGACUGGGCACAGAGGGACUGGGCACCAUGCUGGCCGGGCUCUGGGGCUCCGGGAAUGGUACUAAUACAUUCGGCGAAAACGUCGGCGCUAUCGGAGUUACUAAAGUGGGUUCGCGGCGCGUGGUGCAGUGGGCGGCGGCGCUGAUGGUGGUGCAGGGGCUAGUGGGCAAGCUGUGCGCCGUCUUCAUCAUCAUCCCGCAGCCAGUCGUCGGCGGCCUCUUCUGCGUUAUGUUCGGCAUGAUCUCUGCUUUUGGUCUGUCGGCGCUGCAGUACGUGGAUCUGAAUAGCUCUCGCAACCUGUACAUCAUCGGGUUCAGCCUGUUUUUCCCGCUGGUGUUGACGCGCUGGAUGUCUGCUCACAGCGGCAUCAUUAACACUGGCGUGGAGGCGCUGGACGCGGUGCUGCAAGUAUUGCUGUCCACUUCUAUUCUGGUUGGCGGGAUUGUUGGAUGUCUACUCGAUAAUUUGAUACCUGGGACGGAAGAGGAGCGCGGGCUGAAGGCUUGGGCUAAGGAGAUGUCCCUGGAGGCGGCAGGCGCCAGUGAGCUCGGUGACACCUACGACUUCCCCGUCGGCAUGGCGCUCGUGCGCAGAUGGAAAUGGACAUCAUAUUUACCGUUUAUGCCGACAUACGAGGCGGGUAAGUUCACAGCGCUGUUCACACGGAAGAAAGUAAGUUGAUGCGACAAGAUAUAAAGUUACUGCAGUAUUAGCGCUUUGUUGCAAACCUCCAUGUGGAUAAUAGGAUAAUUAAAUGUUUAUUUUUUAAAGAACUUGUUUCAUACGAACACAGUUUAUCAGAUGUGUAGAA